AUGAAGGCAUGCAAUCCAUGCCAGAGUGAGUCUCUUUUGCAGAUGAAGGGAAAGCUACCUGUUACUAUGCAAGCGCUUGCUUUAAGCCAAAAGUGGAAGAAUGUUGCAGAAAGUGUAAUUGGUGAUUCUAUUGAAGCAUGUUCAAGUGUACUAUCUUUGAGUUACAACCAAUUACCACACCCCUCUAAAGCUUGUUUUCUAUAUUUUGGGGUUUUUCCAGAAGAUUAUGAAAUCCCGGUAAAGAAGUUAGUUAAGUUGUGGGCAGCAGAGGGAUUUCUCGAGGCAGUGAACAAUAAGAAUCUGGAGGAAGUGGCCACGGAAUGCUUGCAAGAUCUUGUUGAUAGAAGUCUUGUUCUAGUUGGUAAACAGAGUUAUAAUGGCAAAAUCAAGACAAUUAGGAUGCAUGAUCUUUUGCGAGACUUGUGCUUAAGAGAAGCUCGAUGUGAAAAUCUCUUGAAUGUCAUUGGAAAUGAUUAUCAUGGUGCUGUUGCUGGACUAGUAAAAGCUUGUCCUUGGAUAAGUAUUAAACCUGGAUGUUACUAUAUUCCAGUUGGAUCUAAGUGCUUUGACAAAUUCCAUUCCUUACACUCUGUUGAUCAUAUUGAUUUCAGCAUUAAGGUGCUUUGUCACUUCAAACUAUUAAGAGUAGUAGACAUGAAGCUUGGAUUCUGGAACUUUGAAGAUAAGAUGCUAUAUAUGGCAAAUCUUGUUCACUUGAGAUACUUAGCUUUGUCCCUAAGUGAAAAAGUAGGCACUCUUAAACUAAAGCUCUUUGAGCAUUGGAAUAUGCAAAGUUUUAUUGUCCGUGGAUGUGGUGUUAUAUUGGAUUCCUGUGAGGCAUCUCGAAUUUGGAAAAUGCCAUUGUUAAGGAAUUUUAUGUGGACAUAA